UUGGUGUUUGACGAGCCUGAGGUUAGCGGGGAUGAGGACGAGACAAUCUUCUCACAAACAAAGAAACAUGCUGGAAUGGAGAACGAGUCAUCACUUGUCCCCCUGAUGAAGGAAGUGGAGAGGGCAGAGGAGGAUGAGAGGAGGGAGAAAGACUUUGUCCAACUCAUCAAUCAGCCUGUACCCAAGCCCUGGGUGUCACUGAGAGAGUUGAAAGAGGAUGCUCCCUACCCCAUUAUCAGUACGAGGAAGCAUACCAAUAAACACAGACGACGAGUUAUUUUGAAAAUUAGCAAUGCAGGAAGCAAAUCUGUGUGUGAAGUAUAUUUACCACAACGAUUUGCUUCCUGCAUUAGCACGGAAAAAAUUGUAGAGUUCAACAAAAAUUGUAAAAAUUUGGUAAUGAUAGUAUCACAUAAGUCGGGGAAUUGGACUGAUAUAAAAAUUAUUCGGCUAAGAGGUAUUGGUCUGGCCAGAGCAUUUUUGAAUUCUAGCGCCAAACCCCAGACUACAGUUCUGCCCAUAGCAGGCUUGUGCUCUAGUGUCGAUCGUCCAGCUGUUGCCAAGGUGCAGUACACCGAUCUAGAAGCCACAGAAGGUGGAGGAGCAGAAAGGGAGGAGGAGGACGAGAAAGACUGA